AUGUUUACCACAAUGGCUAUGAUCUAUAAAAAUGAAGGUGGGACAAGGGCUUUGUAUCGUGGAAUUACUCCUACUGUUGCCGGAGUAGCCCCAUAUGUGGGACUCAACUUCAUGACCUACGAAUCGGUGCGCAAGUACCUAACACCGGAAGGGGACAAAAACCCUAGCUCCUAUCGAAAAUUACUGGCUGGUGCAGUCUCUGGAGCAGUCGCCCAGACGUGUACCUAUCCUUUGUCGGUUCUUUUAUUCUUUGAGCUAAACGCCGUGAAACUGACUUUUGUUCUUAGUGAUGUGCUACGUCGGCGAUUCCAGAUCAACACAAUGUCGGGAAUGGGUUACCAAUACACUUCGAUCUGGGAUGCUCCGAAAGUCAAGGAUCAAAAACCUCUUGCACUUUCCAUACGGGUGCGACAGCAAGCUAUUUCCCGGGAAGUCGACCAAUACACAGCCAUGGGUAUCGACCUGGACCGCCACCAUGUGCGGAGCAGCCACCGCAAGGCUCCCAAGAGCGACAACGUCUACUUGAAGGUUCUGGUGAAGCUUUACCGCUUCUUAGCUCGCCGCACCGAGUCCAACUUCAACAAGGCCGUCCUCCGUCGUCUCUUCAUGUCGAGAAUCAACCGCCCCCCGGUUUCCCUUUCUCGCGCUGUCGCCAACAUCAGUGAGGCGCAGAAGGGCAAGACCGUCGUCGUUGUCGGUACCGUCACCGAUGACAACCGCCUUUUGACCGUCCCCAAGCUGUCGAUUGCUGCCCUCCGUUUCACCGCGACUGCUCGCGCUCGCAUUGAGAAGGCUGGUGGUGAGACUUUGACUCUUGACCAGCUUGCUCUCCGCGCUCCUACCGGUGCCAACACUCUCCUCCUGCGUGGACCCAAGAACGCCCGUGAGGCCGUGAAGCACUUUGGCUUUGGUCCCCACACUGACAAGAAGCCGUACGUGGCUAGCAAGGGCCGCAAGUUCGAGCGGGCUCGUGGUCGCAGAAGAUCCAAGGGUUUCAAGGUUUAA